AUGUAUGGCCGUUAUACCAAAGAUUUAGGAGAAUUCGCUAAAGAUGAAGCCAGAAAGCUUAAACUACUCGAGAAGCGUCGAAAACAGGAAGACAAGCAAAGAAAUAAGGAACUAUUAGGUAAACGUUCAUCGCGUCUAUUGAAGGUUCUAUCAUGGGUGUGGAAGCAUACAUUUGCACGGCUAGGAGAAGAUUGGGUAUUUUUGGCAUUAUUAGGUGUAAUAAUGGCAUUUCUUUCAUUUAUCAUGGAUAAAGGCAUAUCAAUCUGUACAAAUGCACGUAUAUGGUUAUAUCGCGAUUUAACCUCACAACCACUCACACAAUAUUUUGCCUGGGUCUCGUUACCAGUUUGUUUAAUUUUAUUCUCAGCCGGAUUUGUACAUCUCAUAGCGCCACAAAGUAUAGGUUCCGGUAUACCUGAAAUGAAAACAAUUCUCCGCGGCGUUGCACUCAAAGAAUAUCUUACAUUUAAGACAUUAGUGGCCAAGGUUGUUGGUUUAACGGCAACUUUGGGCAGUGGUAUGCCAUUAGGAAAGGAAGGUCCUUUCGUUCAUAUAGCAAGUAUUGUAGCACAAUUAUUGAGUAAACUUGUCACAUCAUUCCAAGGCAUCUACGAAAAUGAGUCACGUAAUUCAGAAAUGUUGGCAGCAGCGUGCGCUGUCGGUGUGGGAUCAUGUUUCGCUGCACCCGUCGGUGGUGUACUAUUUAGCAUAGAGGUGACAACAACUUAUUUUGCUGUACGCAAUUACUGGCGUGGGUUUUUUGCCGCCGUUUGUGGUGCUACAGUAUUCAGACUGUUAGCGGUAUGGUUUCAAAAUGUUGAUACCGUACGUGCCUUAUUCUUAACAAAUUUUACAACGGAAUUUCCAUUCGACCCACAAGAGUUAGUUGUAUUCGCUUUAAUGGGAGUAGUUUGUGGGAUAGGCGGUGCAUCUUAUGUGUGGGUUCAUCGCAGAUAUGUAAUUUUCAUGCGCUCAAAUAAAAAAAUGAAUAAGUUCCUUCAGAAAAAUCGAUUUUUAUACCCAGGAUUUAUGGCUUUAUUAGUGUCCACAAUUUCAUUUCCUCUGGGUACUGGCCAAUUUAUUGCAGGAGAACUUAGUACUCACGAACAAGUGACCCAAUUAUUUAGUAAUUUCACUUGGUCCCGAGAUGAUUUAACAGUAGACCAAGCAGCUAUUGUCAUGCAUUGGGUCACAAAUUAUUCAAAUGUUUUCAUCAAUUUGGCUUGUUACGCACUUUUCACUUUUUUCUUUUCCAUUAUGGCUUCUACAAUACCAGUUCCAUCCGGUAGUUUUAUACCCGUAUUUAAAAUUGGUGCCAGUAUUGGUCGUUUAAUCGGUGAAACUAUUCAUUUAUGGUUUCCAAAUGGUGUAAGAUAUGGUGGAAGGAUUUCACCCAUAAUACCAGGUGGGUAUGCAGUAGUGGGCGCUGCUGCGUUUUCUGGCGCGGUUACCCACUCAGUUUCAGUUGCCGUCAUUGUAUUCGAAAUGACCGGACAGAUCACACAUGUAGUUCCUGUGAUGAUUGCAGUACUAGUAUCCAAUGCAGUUGCUGCAUUAUUGCAGCCUUCAAUGUACGACAGUAUUAUAUUAAUUAAGAAAUUACCGUAUUUACCCGAUUUAUUGCCAUCAUCGUCGGGAAUGUACAGUAUAUAUGUAGAAGAUUUUAUGGUACGCGACGUUAAAUAUAUAUGGCAUGGCAUUUCAUAUUUAAAACUUAAAGAGGUACUCAAAGCUAAUAAAACACUUCGUUCCUUACCACUAGUUGAUACUCCAGACAACAUGAUAUUACUUGGUUCAGUGCAACGUUAUGAACUUAUUAAGAUGAUUGAAAAGCAUAUAGGGCGAGAAAAACGAAUGGAAGUAGCACAAAAAUGGCAAAAGGAAGCUGAAGAGAGAGCAAGAGAGGAGGAAAAGAAAAAACUGGAAGUGGAGUUAAAAAUGCGUAGACCUUCACGAUUUGAAGUAUUGCCAGCACCAGAUAUUUUAAGCUUACGUCAAAUUGCUAACGACGAAAUGUUACCACCAAAAAAACGUCAAGAAACUUUAAAUAAUACAUUAGCACCUCGAAAAUCCAUUUUAAAAAAGACAAACUCCUUUAACUUAAAAGCAUUCACACCGACUGCACCUAGCCCAACCAUUACACCAUAUACCACUAUUCAUACAGGUACAGAAUAUCGGAUACGCUCAGCUUUUGAAGCUAUAUUUAAAAAAUCUUCAACGCUACAAGAUGUACAACCUGAUCCGGAAGCGGGUACAAUUACACCAAGUUUAAGUGUAAAUGAAGUACAAGUUCAACGUGCACCCAGUACACCUGGUAUUUCAAAGAAAGUUCAGCUACCACGUGAACGGGUUAUCGACAUGUCACCCGAAGAUCAGAAAAAAUGGGAAAUGGAAGAAAUGUUAAAACCUAUUGAUCUCGAAAAAGCAAAUAUACACAUCGAUCCAUCACCAUUUCAAUUGGUCGAACGUACUUCGAUACUUAAGGUGCACUCUUUAUUCUCCAUGGUGGGAAUAAAUCAUGCCUAUGUCACAAAAAUUGGUCGCCUUGUGGGUGUGGUUGGUCUGAAAGAGUUGCGCAAAGCAAUUGAAGACAUCAAUAGUAAUAAUUUUGUUGUACAAAACCAAAUUAAAGUUGAAGAAAAACCCAUAAUCGAGAAACCCUUGCUUCCCGACGCUACAAGUGACAAGCAAGUGAACACUACUGUUACUUCAAUGGAUUCGGCAUUAUCGAAUUCCGACAAUUGUUCUGAUAUUGAAAUGGAGAAUAUUAAGACUCAAACACAGCAACAAGAGCAGCCCCAAGCAACAAAUCAAAUUACUUGCGAAAGCAAUGAAACCAGUAAUAAGUACAGUAUAUAUGUAGAAGAUUUUAUGGUACGCGACGUUAAAUAUAUAUGGCAUGGCAUUUCAUAUUUAAAACUUAAAGAGGUACUCAAAGCUAAUAAAACACUUCGUUCCUUACCACUAGUUGAUACUCCAGACAACAUGAUAUUACUUGGUUCAGUGCAACGUUAUGAACUUAUUAAAAUGAUUGAAAAGCAUAUAGGGCGAGAAAAACGAAUGGAAGUAGCACAAAAAUGGCAAAAGGAAGCUGAAGAGAGAGCAAGAGAGGAGGAAAAGAAAAAACUGGAAGCGGAGUUAAAAAUGCGUAGACCUUCACGAUUUGAAGUAUUGCCAGCACCAGAUAUUUUAAGCUUACGUCAAAUUGCUAACGACGAAAUGUUACCACCAAAAAAACGUCAAGAAACUUUAAAUAAUACAUUAGCACCUCGAAAAUCCAUUUUAAAAAAGACAAACUCCUUUAACUUAAAAGCAUUCACACCGACUGCACCUAGCCCAACCAUUACACCAUAUACCACUAUUCAUACAGGUACAGAAUAUCGGAUACGCUCAGCUUUUGAAGCUAUAUUUAAAAAAUCUUCAACGCUACAAGAUGUACAACCUGAUCCGGAAGCGGGUACAAUUACACCAAGUUUAAGUGUAAAUGAAGUACAAGUUCAACGUGCACCCAGUACACCUGGUAUUUCAAAGAAAGUUCAGCUAUUUACGGAAAACUCGCUUGAGGAAAAUAUGAAAGGACCUCCCAACACACCGGAGAGCGUUAAGUCGAACAAAAUGGUCGACGAAGAUAUACUUACUAAUAUCGAUGAUAAAUUAACGAAUAACUUAAGUGAGGCGUCAAGGUUAAGAAAGACAAAAUCUGUAACAUUGCCACGUGAACGGGUUAUCGACAUGUCACCCGAAGAUCAGAAAAAAUGGGAAAUGGAAGAAAUGUUAAAACCUAUUGAUCUCGAAAAAGCAAAUAUACACAUCGAUCCAUCACCAUUUCAAUUAGUCGAACGUACUUCGAUACUUAAGGUGCACUCUUUAUUCUCCAUGGUGGGAAUAAAUCAUGCAUAUGUCACAAAAAUUGGUCGCCUUGUGGGUGUGGUUGGUCUGAAAGAGUUGCGCAAAGCAAUUGAAGACAUCAAUAGUAAUAAUUUUGUUGUACAAAACCAAAUUAAAGUUGAAGAAAAACCCAUAAUCGAGAAACCCUUGCUUCCCGACGCUACAAGUGAUAAGCAAGUGAACACUACUGUUACUUCAAUGGAUUCGGCAUUAUCGAAUUCCGACAAUUGUUCUGAUAUUGAAAUGGAGAAUAUUAAGACUCAAACACAGCAACAAGAGCAGCCCCAAGCAACAAAUCAAAUUACUUGCGAAAGCAAUGAAACCAGUAAUAAGUGAUCUAAUUGAUGCCAUAACUAUUUUAUUAUCGUAAACCACGAACCUCAUCCAAAGUUUAAUAUAAUAGCAUAGAUCAACUACUUUUAAUUAUUGUGUAUUCUGAAUUGUUA